AUGGACGAGGGUUCCGAUCCGAAGGCCACUCGACGCAAGAGGGUCUCCAGAGCUUGCGAUAGAUGUCGAAGCAAAAAGGACAAAUGCGAUGGCUUACGCCCCGCUUGUUCCGCCUGCCAGGCUUCUGGCCAUACAUGUUCGUACGAUCCUCAGACAAAGAAACGUGGACUACCCGAAGGAUACGUACGGGGCCUGGAGAAGCUCUGGGCUUUGUCCAUCUGCAACAUUGAUGGUUUUGAAGACACAAUGUUAACCCUCCUGGGCACUACUGCAGAAUCAGCUUGCCGGCGUGAUAAACUUAUGAAUCUCUGGACGGAUGAUGUCGCGUCUGAGACUCUACAUGAUUCAUGGAAAACAAGUCGCCUCUAUAAUGCCCUUGAAAAGAUGCUAUCGAACCCUGAUUCUUCGCCGUCUCAUCGUCCCGAAAAACGUUCUCGGGAGGAUGUGAGCGAUUUCUCACUUACUCCAGAAAGCGAAUGGGGGUUUCGCGUAGACCGCAGAUCGACCCCUUCAUUGGAUGCUGGGCUACGGGUGAAGCCUUCCGCUGUCUAUUCUGACGCUAAAAGAGCUCGCCUGUCUCAUCCGUUAGAUAAUCUGUCUUUACCUUUUGACAGCGGCACUAGAGUCUCACUAGAAUUGCCCACUCAAACGUCGCAGCUCUUAGACAUUUAUUUUGCCGUCACCCAUUCUUGGUUCCCAAUUGUUGCUAAGCAUAAUAUACUUCGAGCAUCAUACCUUUAUGCAAAUGCUCCUUUGUCCGUUACAAAAACAGCCCCAGGAUCCGGUAACCAUGCUACUCUCUGGGCUCUCCUUAGCUAUACCAUUUCUCAGUCUACAAUGACCUCGCCAGGCAGAUCAUCCGAGUCGAUUGCUAAAACAAGAGAGUACUAUUCCGUCUCUCUAUCCUUGAUACCAUCGGAAGCCGACCGAUAUGAGCUAGGACACGUGCAGGCAUUGCUUCUGCUAACCUUAGUAAAUAUCGGCCUUGAAGACUGGACGACAGCCUUGCUGCUGAGUGGACAGGCAGUCCGUAUGGCCAUUUCUAUGGGCCUAGGUGCCCCCACAGACUUCCGACUGUCUGAAGAACGGCGGCAAGGGAAAGUGGUCUUUCUCGGAUGCUUUGUUAUCGACUCUUUGUUAUCUUUUCGUAUGUCUCGCAGGCCGUGCAUGCAUCCACGGGAUUUGGCGUCCGUAGGGUUGCUGGAAGAAGAUGGCUUGGAAGAAUGGAACUCUUGGACAGACAUUUUACCGCCUGCGGGCACAAAGCUAGGGAAUAAUCCGCCCCGGAGAGGUCCCCUCCUAGCCUUGAGCUGCUUCAAUCGGCUAGUUGAACUGGCCAGCGUGCUGAAUAAAAUUUCUCGCGAUGCUAUUACUGGGGUCAGUGCACAUAUAUUUGCGCAGCAGCUGGUUCUGGAACUCAAGCAGUGGGAUGAGCGUUUACCGCUAGGAUGUCGGCUGAUUAGCCCAGAAAGUAUCUAUCCUGAGCGACACUCUGCUUUACUUCCACAUCAAACCUACCUGUGCCUAACUUAUUUGGCUACGCUACUCUGGCUCUACCUGCGCAUGGCUUCCUAUGAGCUUGAGAUGCAUCGCUCUCAACGAGCUGCCAUUGAAGGCGCAAAGAAUCUCCUUUUCAGAGCGUUGCCGAUGAUAUCACAACAUAUAGACAAUUUCCGAGCUUGCGGCCUCCCGCCAUUAUUUGAAUUUUCUUUGUGGACAUUGACUGAACAGGCAUUGACACUGCGCAGCAAAGUCAAAUAUAAUAUGUUUCCUUUUGGACGGUGGGUGGAAGCUCUUCUCCAACAGACAAUGCAGCUCAAGCUAGCAUGGCCUAUUUACCGUACAUUAGCUAGGAAGAUUGAUUACUGGUAUCACUGCAAAGACUUGCCGGAGACAUUAUCUUACUUUCGCAGCUCGAAAGCAGAAAAUACACCAAGAGUUGCACCUAGUUCACCAAACAACGACCCCUUCGUCGACACAAUGCCUACGGCAGCGACAUGCCACCGAGACUCGAACACAGAAGCUUCGGUAGCUCCACAGAACCCCCCUACAACAUCUGAUUCCAGUUAUACGUCCGCUAUCCUUGGCAUCAGCGUACCCGUGGAGGAGCAAUAUAUGACAUCAAAAGAUAGGAUAAUGGAGAAUACAGACCUCUGUAUGUUAGAUUUGUCUUUUCAGCAGCAGCAAGAAGAACCGCCACUUCCAAGGGACAGGACAACAGUUCACGAAGACAAGUCUGAUCUAGCACACGGGCUAGAUGCAAUGCUACCGCCUGAGCAUCCCCUGUCGACACCUGACUCAUCCGUUUCGAAAAUUGCAAUGACUGGGAAAUCCACUAGCAAUGACCGGCCUUUACUGUCUAAUAAUAGCGAAUUUUUGGAUCAUGACAGUUCAAGCAAAGGAGAUCUUUCAGCUCCCGGCACUGAUAUCGAUUCCAUCUUUAAAGAUCUUGCAUAUCUUGAUACCACUGAAUGGGCUAUCAGUCGUGAGGCAGGCUUGAAAGAAUUUGGCUUCAUAGAUGACAGCACUUUCCAUGCAUUCUGUCAUGACCCAGACCGUCUCGCCGAAUCUCAAUCUUUGGUCCAUCCACCGUCAUUCGAAGACAUUUGGCCUCCCCCGGGUUUUUUCCCAGAAACCUUUCAAGACUCCGCUGAAGAUGCAAUGGAAGUAUGA